AUGGCUUUCUCAGAUGCAGUGCAGUGGUGGGAGGAGUGGCAGUUGCGCAUCCUUGUCCUGUGCAGCCUCUUCCUUCAAUACUUCCUCUUCAUCGCCGCAUCCUUGCGUAAGCGUUGUGUCCCUGCUUGGUUCAAAUUCUUAACCUGGCUCGCCUACCUAGCGAGCGAUGCCGUAGCUAUAUACGCACUUGCCACCCUAUUCAAUCGUCACAAAAGGCAAGAAUGGCUAUCCACGCACCGCAGUAGCGCUAGCUUGGAGGUGUUGUGGGCACCUAUACUUUUGCUGCACCUUGGUGGGCAAGAUGGCAUAACGGCCUAUAACAUCGAGGACAAUGAGCUGUGGGGGCGUCAUAUUCUAACUGCCGUGUCUCAGAUUACUGUAGCCAUCUACGUGUUCCGCAAGUCAUGGUCAGGGGAGAAGAGAUUAUUGCAGGCCGCAAUCUUGAUCUUUGUUCCCGGUAUUCUCAAAUGCUUGGAGAAGCCAUACGCUCUCCAGAGCGCUAGCAUCCACAGCAUUGGGGACACCUCCAACAAGACAUGGGUGGAGAGGAUGAUCGAAGGCGACAUCAAAUCGCUGGACGACUAUGUGGAAGCUGCAUCUACGUACGUUCAGGGGUACGUUCAGGUGGUCCAUGAAGGCAAAAUAGCUGAAACGGGAGUGAAUGACAAGCCCUACAACCUAUUCGUAGACCUUGCCUUCCCUUACUCUGAUCGGCUUAAGAAUCUAAAGUACAUGAUGCAAGAAAAAAACGAAGCGCAUCGUCGGCUGCGGUCCCGCCUCUCCAACACCUUCCAUCGCCUCUACACCAAGCACGAAAUGACGAUGGGCUGUAUUUGGAACAUCUGUGACUUCACCAGCAAAAGUAGUUGGGGUAAUCUGCUACGGCACGUGGUUGUGUAUCUGACGUUUGCGGCCAUUGCGCUCUUCCACAAGAGCCAUAGAGAAAACUACGACGACACCGACGUCAAGAUCACCUACACUUUGCUGUGCUGCACCGCCGCUCUGGAGUGCAUUAUACCCGGCAUCCAGCUGGACGCAACUUGGCCUGACCUUGUUGCCCAGUACAAUCUCCUAUGGUACUUGGUCCGCAACAGGAAGCACAGGAGGCUCAGGAGCCUCCUGCUGAUCUGCAGGGACUACAUCGACCAAAUCUGGUGCAUGAAGCCGUGCCAGUCUUCCAGCGACAUCACCGAGCUCGUCUUCGACCAUGUCGUCGUCCAUGGGUGGACGGAGAGCAUCAAGGACGCGGCCACCUUCCAUGAGUUCAACAACAACCGGGGCCAGCUGACUCUCCAGCGCGAGGGCUGCACUGGGGGCAUGCCGCUGCAGAGCCUGCGGAGGCCAUUUGACGAGUCCGUCGUCCUCUGGCACCUCGCCACGGAUUUCUGCUUCUUCCGCCCCAUGGAUGACGCCGCCGCAGGCAAGUCAGCCACCCCUUCCAGCCAUGGACAUGAUGAAGGAGACGCCGCCCGCCGCCGCAGCAGCAGGGAGAUCUCCAACUACAUGGCCUACCUGCUGUUCACCAACCCAGAGAUGCUGAUGCCCGGCUCCAGGCGGAGCCUGUUCAAGGACGCCUACGAGAAGCUCAAGAAAAUGGCCGGGGACGAGGACGACAGCACCUCGUCACCAAUUCCAAAUGGGACGGUACCCACACAGAAGAAGACGAAGAAACCGUCACUGCUGGACGAGCAACAGAUGAUUGCCUCUCAGAUCAUGCAGAAGCUGCAGAGCGCCAAGGAGGGUUCAGAAGGUUUGGUUCUUGACGCCUGGGUCCUCGCCCAAAAGCUCAUGGAUAUAACAGGCAAGGAAGGGGAGGCGAAGAUGUGGAGGGUGAUCCAGGGCGUGUGGGUGGAGAUGCUCUGCUUCUCUGCCGGCAGGUGCCGAGGUUUUCUGCAUGCCAAGAGCCUAGGCAAGGGUGGAGAGUACCUCUCCUACGUCUGGAUGCUCAUGUCCUUCCUUGGCAUGGAGACACUGGCGGAGAGGCUGCAGAGGACGGAGCUGCACGUGCAGGGAGACAUGGGCGCCACCAGCCCGAUGACGCCGGCUGCAUCUGAGAAGCCAACGCCAACCGGCAGCGACAAUGUUUGA